AUACAAUCCAAUACACUCUAGCCCAGACAUCGAUGCGGAAAUAAGGGGCCAGCGUAGACACCAGCUAGCUCAGACAUCGACCCAACUACCCACCCGGACGCGCCAUCCUCUGGACGCGCCUUCCUUGAGCUCUCACUUAUUUCGCCAACUGUUUACACUCCUUCACUAUGAACUCGGUCCGUGCCAUCCAGCAGCUCAACAAGCGCGAGCUCGAGUCUGGCGUCAACCCAGAAGGUUCCUGGCACACCGACUACCGCGACACCGCUUUCGUCUAUAUCGGCGGCCUGGCCUUUGAGCUGUCAGAAGGCGACAUCGUUACCAUUUUCUCGCAGUAUGGCGAGCCUGUGUGGGUCAAGCUCGCGCGCGACAAGGAGACGGGCAAGUCGCGAGGUUUUGCUUGGAUCAAGUACGAGGACCAGAGGAGUUGCGAUUUGGCCGUAGACAACUUGGGAGGGACGACCAUCAUGGACCGUGUCAUCAAGGUGGAUCAUGCACGGUAUACCCCCAGAGAUGACGAAGACAUGCGCAACAACACUACGGGAGAGCUGGAGCUGGACGAGUCGGACGGAGGAAGGCGCAAGAGGCGAAAGUCAGAGAGCGUUAGCGACGACGACGACGACGACAGGCCAAUGCUCCCAGAGGAGAUCGAGCUCGGGCGACUGAUGGAGACGUUGGACGAUGAAGAUCCCAUGCGCGACUCCAUGAUUAAGCGCCAACAAGAAAAGGUUGACGAUGCAGUCAGGAAGCUACAGAGGAGCAAGCGCAAAGAGAGGGCGCGGAAGAGCGACCGACGUAGUCGCCGAGAUGAUCCCUCGUCCCGUCCACGUAGCCCCAGACACUCGCGCAAGACACUUCGAGAUUAGUAAGCUUCUAUAUAUAAUUGUGGAAAACGUUUCUCUAGUAGGCCAGUUUUAAUGUAGUUCUGUGGACAGCAGAAGUUUAUCAUGUAAAUAUAUAGGGUGUAUGAUAGUCCAUGAAUAAUGUCUAACACGGAAUUUUCGAGGAGUGGUGUUGCGCUGGCAAUACCCUUCCCUCCUCUAUCUAUCCC